UGGCGAGGCGCUGGCCGCACUUCCCGUCGGGGAGAGAGUGUAAUAUGGCGAAGACCUACGAUUACCUGUUCAAGCUGCUGCUGAUCGGGGACUCGGGGGUGGGGAAGACCUGUGUCCUGUUCCGCUUCUCCGAGGACGCCUUCAACUCAACUUUCAUCUCCACCAUAGGAAUUGACUUUAAAAUUAGGACCAUAGAGCUCGAUGGCAAGAGAAUUAAGCUACAGAUAUGGGACACCGCUGGUCAGGAACGGUUUCGGACCAUCACAACGGCCUACUACAGGGGUGCAAUGGGCAUCAUGCUGGUCUAUGACAUCACCAAUGAGAAAUCCUUUGACAACAUCCGGAACUGGAUUCGGAAUAUUGAGGAGCAUGCUUCUGCAGACGUCGAAAAGAUGAUACUCGGGAACAAGUGUGACGUGAAUGACAAGAGACAAGUAUCCAAGGAACGGGGAGAAAAGCUCGCCCUAGACUAUGGAAUCAAGUUCAUGGAGACCAGUGCGAAGGCCAACAUCAACGUGGAGAACGCCUUUUUCACUCUCGCCAGAGACAUCAAAGCAAAAAUGGACAAAAAAUUGGAGGGCAACAGCCCCCAAGGGAGCAGCCAGGGGGUCAAAAUCACCCCGGACCAGCAGAGGAGGAGCAGCUUUUUCCGAUGCGUUCUUCUGUGAGGAGCACUGCCUUACGCUGGGCCUCGCUCCGCUGAGCUGACUGUGCCUGUCCUGAGCGAGCCCCUCGCUCGGCCGGGGCCCUCCCCCCAACACUCCCUGCCAUGCCGCGGCCACUGGGCCCCUGGCCACCAGACACAGUUGAGAAAUUGUUGAUUUUAGUAACUGUCUGAUCUCUUUCAACUCUGGAGAUGGAAUAAGUUAAGAAUUUGCUAUCUUUCUUGUCUGCUGAACGGGCCCUCUCCCCACGUGACCAGAGAGAAGGAUGGAGCCGAGACGUGACCGCCAACAUCGGCCAACACGGCGGCCCCCCAGAGAGCCCGUCCGCAGCCCCACCACGGAAGCCGGGCCCCCGGAGCCCAGUGACGGUUCCAGGAGUUCUGGGCUCCACACCCCGAGCGAGGCGACGCACGCCGGGCCCACGGAGCAUCCGCCCAGCACCUCUGACGCCUACUUUCUCCUCUUCUGUCAGUUUUGAACAAGUGACAAAACCAUUCUCUUCUCCCCUCUUUCUCUUCUGAACUGUCAAGCCAAACCAAAGGGAAGCACAAAUUACGGAAAUCCUGAGGAAAGAAGCACGGGGUGGCCCUUCCUGUUUCCCGGGCAGGUGCUGGUCUGGAGUCCAGCCAGGCCUCGGGCCUGAGCACCAAGGGGACGCCACGCGUGCCACAGGCGACCCUGGAGACGCAGCCACCCACACACGGUCCGCCGGCGACUGAGGCGUCUCCCUCUGGGCCCCUGGGCAGCCCCCCUCUCCUCUUCCCUCCCGCGGUCUCCAAAUCGGACGUUCUUUCUAGCUGAGAUUUUUAUUUUUCCAGAUCUGUAGUGCCAUGAAGCGAUUCUGUCUUUGGUUCCCAGCGGCAGACCAGGUGCGUGGGGGCGCGUGCGCACCUCUGGCCGGACGUGGCCGAGAGCGUGAGGCAGCGCUCGCCGCAGGCCAAGGCGCCAGGCGCAGACUGACCACAGAGCAGUCAGAGCUGGUUUUGCAGUGCUGCCACCAGGUUCCGUUGUGACAGCUCUGCCCUCCUGGAGAGACUGUGCGGCGGGACCAGGGAGCCAGGUCGGAGAGGCGCCGCCGGGAGCCUUUGUCUUUUCUAUUCCUUCUACCCCCGCUCCCCCCCCCAACCCCAAGUCCAAGUCUAAGCCAUUGGCAUUGUAGUUCCUUCUUUUUUGAAUUAAAACCAACAUACCAGCAAUGGUCUGCUCUCCCCUCAAGUCUUUUAACAUGCUCUGUUUACAUCGAUAAAUGCACUUAAGGCAAACAAAUUAAAGCUCAUUUUAAAGUUAA